AUGAAGCAACCAAUAGAUUCACCCUUAUGGAUAAACCCCCUCUUUCAACAAAUCCAUCAGCAAAAACGGUUUCUCGCAAUGUCCAAGAGCGCAUCAGGUAGUGCCGGUACGUCCCCGCCAGUUCGAGGGAAGACUGCGAAAAUAUCCGUCGUCCGUGCUCUAAUCGGUCUGAAGAACGAAAAAUACGAGUGGAACAAAUUGGUGACCAUCUCGGCCAAAACUUUUCAGAAGUUUAAUCAGGAGAACGGCUUCGCACGUACCCCUACAUGGUCAACACUGUCAUUCGCCCAACAGCAAUCCCUUAUCGAGUGUGUUAAGGAUUAUGCAAACAUGACUCCGGGCUGCGUUAAGUACUUUGAGGAUCACCCGUGGUUACCCGAAUACCUUCUUUACCAGCGAACAAGGAAUAAGAACACUGCCCGGAAGAAAGAUCAGGGGCCGGGUUCGAGUGCCGGAGAAGCCGAAGAAGACGAAGAGGAGGAAGCGGAGGAUGGAAACGGAAGUGCUAGGGAAGAUCAGGUCCCGGAUGAUGCGCCUGGACCGGCCGAUAAUCAGGAUAGUCUGAGGAUCGACUUCCUACUCAACUAGAACGGAUCACCUCUCUACCCUCUUCCCAGAGCGGCGAAAUAUAUUUUUUACUUUUUCUCUUUUAUUAAAUGGGAUUCUCCGGUGGCCAGCGUUUUUUUCCUGCUCUUUUAUUUUCCUUUCCCCAUCAUCUCUUUUUCAGCAUUGGGGAUGAAGCUCACUCGAGUCAGUGAUCGCUGUUGUUGUCCCUUCUCCUUUGUUUCCGCAUUUUAUCCCUCUGAAAGGUAUGGAUCGAACUGCUAUACGAUGUUAACUCAUUGACCCUUUCCUCUCGCACCUGAUCGAAUUCCCGAAAUGGUUGUCCUUCCUCUUUCUUUUAAUCAUCACAUACACCACAUCGCCCACAGCAAAGGGAUUCCCU